CAUCAUCUCUUUUCCGACUCUUCCCUCUCUGUUUACUACUACUACAAUUUCAUUUCUGCUGUAUUAUCGCAUUGCUUCACCAUGGCGUCCAGACCUGAGAUGCGCGAGGAGGACGAAUCGGGCUUCUGCAAGUUCUUCCGCAACCUGCCCAAGAAAGACGAAGACACCAUACGCAUAUUCGACCGCAGCGAUUACUACAGCGCUCACGGCGAAGAUGCAAAAUUCAUUGCAAACACAGUUUACCGAACAACGGCUGUCAUACGGAAAUUGGGCCGCGAGCCAGGGCUCGAGUCUGUCACCAUGACCACAAUGGUGUUCCGCAACUUUCUCCGAGAGGCACUUUUCCGACUGAGCAAGCGAGUCGAAAUAUGGCAGUCAACAGGGAAGCGCAUGGAUUGGCAGGUGGCUAAACAGGCCUCACCUGGCAACCUCCAGGACCUCGAAGACGAGCUUGGUGGUCAAAUGGAGAAUGCUCCCAUCAUACUGGCAGUCAAAGUGUCCGCGAAGGCCUCCGAGGCGCGAAAAGUGGGCGUCUGCUUCGCCGAUGCAAGCGUACGGGAACUCGGCGUCACCGAAUUCCUCGACAACGACCUCUACUCGAACUUCGAAUCGCUCCUCAUCCAGCUCGGCGUCAAGGAAUGCCUCAUACAAGUUGAUACCUCGAAGAAGGACGUGGACCUCAAUAAGCUGCGGACCAUUGCCGACAACUGCGGAUGCGCUGUAGCGGAGCGUGGACAUUCAGACUUUGGUACCAAUGACAUCGAGCAAGAUCUGCCACGAUUGUUGAAGGACGAGCGCGCGGCAGGAUCACUACCUUUGACAGACUUGAAACUCGCCAUGGGUGCCGCUGCUUGUCUCAUCAGAUACUUGGGUGUCAUGUCGGAUCCAUCAAACUUCGGGCAAUAUCAGCUCUACCAGCACGAUCUAUCGCAGUAUAUGAAACUCGACGCAGCAGCCUUGAAAGCUCUCAAUCUCAUGCCUGGACCUCGAGACGGUGCGAAGAACAUGAGCCUAUACGGCCUUCUCAACCACUGCAAGACGCCUACUGGAAGCCGAUUACUUUCACAGUGGCUCAAACAGCCCUUGAUGAAUGCCACAGAAAUUGAGAGGCGCCAACAACUCGUGGAGGCGUUCGUAAAUGACACCGAAUUGAGACAGACUAUGCAGGAGGAGCACCUGCGCUCAAUACCCGACCUGUACCGACUCGCAAAGAAGUUCCAGCGCAAAGUUGCGAAUCUUGAAGAUGUUGUACGAGCAUACCAAGUCGUCAUUCGGCUGCCCGGCUUUCUCAGCUCUCUCGACUCCGUCAUGGACGAGCAAUACAAGGAUCCUCUCGACGCUGAGUACACGGAGAAGCUGCGUCAGUACUCAAUAGCAUUUGUGGGUCUACAGGAUAUGGUGGAGACGACGGUUGACCUUGAUGCGCUCGACAACCACGAAUUCAUCAUCAAGCCCGAGUUCGACGAGUCUUUGCGCACAAUUCGCAAGCGGCUGGACAAGCUGAAGCAAGAUAUGGAGUCAGAGCACGUCAGGGUUGGCGACGACCUCAAUCAGGAUAUAGAAAAGAAGCUGUUCCUCGAGAAUCACAAGGUACACGGUUGGUGCUUUAGGCUAACGCGCAACGAAGCGGGCUGCAUUCGGCAAAAGAAGCAAUAUCAGGAGAUCUCGACACAGAAGAACGGCGUGUACUUCACCACAUCAACACUACUAGACAAGCGUCGGGAAUUUGAUCAACGUUCGGAGAGCUACAACCGCACCCAAUCUGGACUUGUCAACGAAGUAGUCUCGGUCGCUUCGUCGUACGUCCCUGUCAUUGAGAAGCUGGCAGCUGUUCUUGCACAUCUCGAUGUCAUCGUCGCUUUUGCCCACGUCUCCGUCCAUGCACCCACGUCAUAUACUAGGCCGAAAAUGCACCCACGAGGCACCGGCAACACUGUGCUCAAAGAAGCACGACAUCCCUGCAUGGAGAUGCAAGACGACAUUUCCUUCAUCACCAACGACGUCAGCCUUGUCCGCGACGAAAGCGAGUUCCUCAUCAUCACCGGUCCAAACAUGGGCGGCAAAUCCACAUACAUCCGGCAGAUUGGUGUCAUCGCUCUCAUGGCACAGAUCGGAUGCUUCGUACCUUGUUCAGAAGCUGAAUUGACAAUCUUCGACUGCAUACUCGCCAGGGUAGGCGCCAGCGACAGCCAGAUCAAAGGUGUCUCGACCUUCAUGGCUGAGAUGCUCGAAACAGCCAACAUUCUCAAAUCCGCGACCAAGGAAUCUCUCAUCAUCAUCGAUGAACUUGGCCGUGGCACGAGUACAUACGACGGCUUCGGCCUCGCCUGGGCAAUCUCAGAGUAUAUCGUCAAAGAGAUUGGGGCUUUUGCGCUCUUUGCAACGCAUUUUCAUGAGCUCACCUUGUUGGUCGACACGUACCCUCAAGUUCAAAAUCUCCACGUCGUCGCACACAUCUCAGAAGGCACGACAGAGAACGACAACGGCGUGCAAAAGAAACGCGAGGUCACCCUCCUCUACAAAGUCGAGCCUGGCUUCUCUAAUCAAUCGUUCGGUAUUCACGUUGCAGAGCUCGUCCGGUUCCCACAGAAGGUCAUCAAUAUGGCGAAAAGGAAAGCGGAUGAGUUGGAAGAUUUCUCGAGCAAGCAUGAAGUGGGCUUGGUGAAGGCGAGUAAAGAGGAAGUGGAGGAAGGCAGCAAGCUGUUGAAGGAGGUCCUGGCGCAGUGGAAGGCAGAGGUUGAGGCGAAGGGUCUGACGAAGAAACAGCAAGUAGAGAGGAUGAGGGAGAUUGUCAAGGCAAACCAAGAUUUGAUAGAAAAUGGGUUCUUCAAGGAGAUUCAGGCGUUGUAGCUAGGCGAAAUGUUUUCGGGUUCCUAGAGAGACACAGUGUCCUCUACAAACAGGAGUCUUUGUUCAGCGAAAAUUAGCAGCAUGAUACCAAACAGUUUACUUAUUCC